AUUGUGCUGUGGUCUGUUGGAUUCGCUGCUUUUUUGUCACCUGUUGGACUGAAAGCUGGACUCAUAUCUCUGGCCUGUAUACUUGUGGUGGAAAUUCCAAUAGUUGCGUUGGCUAUGCUCAUGCGUCGACUGAAUCCGUUGGGGGUGAUAGUGUUUGACAUGGUUACAUUGACGUUAGCGAUAGUGGUACUCGUCUUGAGCGUUUUCUAUGUGUUCUCCAAGCAAGAUGUAAAUGUGUGAAUUAUUACUUUUAUUGCAUGAAUUAUUUGCCUAAGUUAUUUGUCGAAACUUAUUACAUCUGCGUUUCAUUCAGAAAUAUCCCACUGCAUCCGAAUCCUAGUAUUGAUUCCACACUUUGGAAUCUCAUUUGAUUCCUCCUGUGAGGAAGAGCGAAGCAGGAACGACAAAUAUUAUACGAUGAGAUGACAUCAUUUCGUGAAUGCAACGAGUAGGAGAUUUGAUAAGGAAUUGGUUUGCGCUUUAAGCCAGACAGCUAUGUGUCGCACGAU